AUGGCGGGUACCUGUUCAAUGCUAUGUCUUAUCAUCAUCACCUUGUUCAUCCCUCCACUCGGUGUCUUCCUGAUUUCCGGCUGCGGCGUUGAUUUCUGGAUCAACGUCCUCCUCACAAUUCUCGGAUACUUCCCAGGGCACAUCCAUGCUUUUUACCUGGAAUACGUGUACUACGAGCGCCGCAACCGGGAUCCGUUGACUCGCUCCACUCAGCAACCUGCGCCUGGCGUGUACUCUGAUCGCAUCCAGAGCGGCGGCCACACGAAGGUGCGGAACUAUGGCACGGUGUGA